GGAAAUCUGGGUUCCCCUUCACCAUGUCCAUUACCGAGAAGGACCCCAAGACCGGACUCCCUCAGCAAGUAACAAAGCUGACGCAAAGGGUCUCAUCAAUGACCUUGGAGGAACCAAUGAGGAAAUGCCAUCAUCUGAAUCCUUACCCGACAUGGGCUCAAGUGAAAAACAUGACUCGUCAGGCUGAGCAAACACUGAAGAACACUGGAACUCCUAUGACUCCAGAUAAGCUGUUUCUGGCAAUGUUAGCUGUUCUUUACUGUUCCUCUGGGGUAAGUGCAGAAUAUGUUUAUUGGGCAUAUAUACCUAAUCCACCUUUGUUAUCCAUAGUGGAUUGGGUUGACAAGGCCCCUAUGGUAUUCACCAAUGAUAGUCUGCACUUCCCUGCCCCAUGGUCAAUGCAGAGGCCAAUUCAUGAAGAAGAUGAAAGAAAAAAGAUAAAUGUUUCAAUUGGAUUCAAGACACUACCUAUAUGCUUCAGAGCUCACUCUUUGUGCAUGACUAUAUUCCCACAAUGGUGGGCUUACUCUGUACACAAUGUUUCCGCCUACAUUAUAGGAAUGUUUGCAUCCUUCCUUUUAAAUGGUUCUGAAAGACAUUAUCCUGGACAAAUAGCUAACUAUACUGAUUCACUUUUCCAGCCUGCAGAACUAAUAUGUGAUGCUGUAUCUUGGAGAAAGAAUGAUCAAAUCAACCACUAUAUUGUUCUGACUGUCGGAGACAGUUCAGGAAAGUUUCUGUCAAACAACAAAAUCAAUCCAUAUUCAGAUUCAUGGAUUGGGGGCCCUAUGGGUUAUUUGUGAAUUGCUCUGAGGAGCAAGAAAAAAAUCAUAGCUGUUCCUGGUAUCAUAGAGUCAACACGUGGGGAUUCCAUAAGACCAAUAUUGGCUUUUUGGACUGAUAAGGAUGUAUUGUUAAACUGGUAUUAUGGAGGGUUGUCUCCACCUCAGCCCAGAAUUAUAGUCCUUCUUAUAGGACCUGAACAGUGGCAUAUUUGGAAGAUUCCUGCUGCACUGGAAUGUUUUGCCAAUUUACAUGGGACUGCAAAGGCUUUAAACCCCAAAACUAUACCUUUAUGUAUAAUAGUACAGCCUGGAAUGUCAGGUCCAUGAAUCAAGGCAAAUUG